GUCCUCGGCCCGGCCUGCCUCGCUGGGCCGUCCGUUACCGAGGCCGCGGCCGGCCGCCAACGGGAAGCGGAGAGUUCCAGAAGUCAGCAGUUCGAGUGACCUCACAGCACGUCGUUAGGGCCGUCCUGCUGUAGGGUUAGUUGUGUGCCUGAUCUGUGAGCUGCGUUUCACUGCAGACGUGCGUGCAGGAGUAAAGCCGGGGCCGCGGCGUCCCGGUGGGCGGGUUCGGAGCGUCUGCGCUUGGUCUCAGGCUCCGUCCCUGGCGUCUUACCCGCGCCGUCCUUUAGGAGCGGCGGCGUCUGCACCGCCCCGGGCUACCGCACUCACAGCUUCCCGAGGCGUGGAGCCUCCUCGGAGACCUCGACAGGCGAUGGGAAGCCAGAGGAGGACGCUGGUCUGAGGUUGUAAAACUCAGGGUAGCAAUCAGCCUCUGUGCUUCUGUCCACACACUAACAACGCGUGGGCACCCAGCGUGCUGUCCGUGCCCUCUCACCCCACAACUCAGCCAUAGGUUUAUUUCUUAAUAGCUAAUGGGAACAAUGGAAAGCAUGGCAAAAGCAAAUAAAAAGGAGAUACAAAACGCACCACCAAGAGAAGUGAAGCUGCCUGCUAGUGAAGCUCUUCUAGAUUAUCACCGUCAAAUAAAGGAAAACUCAGUAGAGAGAUUCAUGUUUCAAAUUAAGAAGCUUAGGGAAAAGAACCAAAAGUAUCACGAAAGAAAUAGGCGCUUAAAGGAGGAACAGAACUGGCACAUAAAUAACCUACUAAAGGAGCUGAGUGAGAAGAAGUCGGACGGACUUCCAGUUGUAACAAGAGAGGAUGUGGAAGAGGCAAUGAAGGAAAAGUGGGAGUUUGAAAGAAACCAGGAAAAGAACUUGAAAGAUAUGCGCACACAAAUAAAUAAUGCUGAGAAGCUAUUUCUUGAGAAACUCGGUGAAAAGGAAUACUGGGAAGAGUACAAGAAUGUGGGGAGCGAACAACAUGCUAAACUCAUUACCUCCUUACAAAAUGACAUCAAUAAAGUUACAGAGAAUGCAGAAAAAAUGUCAGAACAGUAUAAAAUCACUCUAGAAGAUACUAGAAAGAAAAUAAUCAGAGACACUUUGCUGCAACUGGACCAAAAGAAGGAAUGGGCCGCACAGAAUGCUGUAAGUUUAAUUGACAGGGGUAGUUAUCGAGAGAUCUUGGAGAACGACUGGCUAAAAAGAGAGAUUGCAAUUCAUAGGAAGGAAGUUGAAGAAUUAGAAAAUACUAUUCAUGAACUAGAAGAAGAAAAUUUGGUGCUUAUUGAUCAGCUAUUCAACUGUAGACUUGUGGAUCUCAAAAUACCCAGGCGACUGUAUCUUAGUCAAGCUGCUGGACAGGAAGUACCACCCGAAGAAAUGCCUUUGGAGCUGGCAGAAACAUAUAUAGAAGAGAAGUCAAAACUGCAACCCAUAGGAGAAUACAGAGACACACUGAGCCCCCUAGGCGAGAGCACCUCCCUCCAGCUCAGCCCUGGAGACAGUGGCAGGAAUGUCCGGCACCUGAGGAUAGAUGAGGUGGACAGCUCAUGUACAGAGUUUGGGGAUUCUCAGAUGAAGCAUUUACUGUAUGAAGAUGAGUGGGAUUUCAAGGAACAUGCGGAUUUGGGCCCCCUGGCAGUGAAGCUCAUGCGUGUGGAGAGCAAGAAAAUGCCCAUUCAUUUUCAAGAAGAGGAAAUUUCAGUCAGAUCUGAUGAAGAUGUCAGCAGCCCAGAAAACCGCAUCACAUAUAAGAUGAUGAAGUCUUUUCUCCAGGCCUGAAAACUGAAAAUGUAAACAACUUUUCGUUAUAAAUGGGAAUUGAAAUAUAUGCCAGGCUGCCCAUUUUACAUACACUUUGGUCCACUUUUCAGCCUGUUGUUUCUACAGACCAUAAUUACAUUUAAAAUUAAAGUUUCAAGUACUCAGCUA